UCAAGCCCCUUUUAUUUUGUCACACCACACAAGUCGCCCUUUGGUAGAGAGAGAGAGAGAGAGAGAGAGAGAGAGAGAGAGGCCAACGACCACAGAUAACAAACCCAUACCGUAACACCAUGAGCCCUUCCAAGCAGCGACAUCAUCGCAGCUCCACCGGCGAUACCAAGUCAAAACCGUUAAGAUCCGCCUCCUCCUCCGCUACACCGGAAUGGAUCGCAGAAGCAAUCAACGGCGGCUCCCUCCGCCGCGUAGAUCCCGAAACGGGCACCGACGGAUGGGCUUCGCCUCCCGGCGACGUCUUCUCUCUCCGCUCCGACUCCUACUUAACAAAAAAACAAAAAUCCCCCGCCGGAGAUUACCUCCUCUCCCCCGCCGGCAUGGACUGGCUCAAAUCGACCUCGAAACUAGACAAUGUCCUCGCGCGUCCCGAUAACCGCGUGGCUCACGCGCUCAGAAAAGCUCAAUCACGAGGCCAAUCUCUCAAGUCCUUCAUCUUCGCCGUGAACCUCCAGAUCCCGGGGAAAGACCACCACAGCGCGGUGUUCUACUUCGCCGCGGAGGAGCCGAUCCCCUCAGGAUCACUCCUCCACCGGUUUAUAAACGGCGACGACUCGUUCCGGAACCAGAGGUUCAAGAUCGUGAACCGGAUCGUGAAAGGGCCAUGGGUGGUUAAAGCCGCCGUCGGGAACUACGGCGCGUGCCUCCUCGGGAAGGCGCUGACGUGCAAUUACCACAGAGGCGAUAACUACUUCGAGAUCGACGUCGAUAUAUGCAGCUCGGCGAUCGCGACGGCGAUUCUGCGGCUGGCGCUGGGGUACGUGACGAGCGUGACGAUCGACAUGGGGUUCCUGGCGGAAGCGCAGACGGAGGAGGAGCUGCCGGAGAGGUUGAUCGGAGCUGUGAGGGUUUGUCAGAUGGAAAUGUCGUCGGCGUUUGUGGUCGACGCGCCGCCGCCUCAGCAACUGGCGUCGCAGCCGUGUAGAACGCUGAGUUUGGCGAAAGUUAACCACGACGAAGACGAGGAUUGAGAUUUUGAAUUCGAGUACGGACAAUUCACCAAACCAGAGGUCAAUGCGUAACUGAGUGUAUAAUCUAAUAUCCAAGAAUCUGAAACAGUUUUCAUCGAUCUCAGUCAAAUCUAUGUUACAUGUGAGAUGUUCUGGAGGAUUUUGUAAAUAAUUUUUAUUUUACUGAGAAUUUUUUACGAUACAUUAAUGAAAAUAAAUUGAAAUU